AUGACAGAGGUAGUGGGAGAUUGGCUUCACUUUACCGGCCGCCAGCCGAAGCGGAAGCGCGCAGAGCUCGUGUGCGUCUUCUGCCAUUCCAAGAAGAUCAAAUGCGACCUGCAGGGUCGCCGAUCUCAGGGCCAUGACAAGUGCUCCAACUGCGACGGCCCGGACCGCGAAUGCCGCCUCCGGCCUUCCAACCGGGGCAAGAGGCGGCACAGCAGCGCGACGUACGACGGCCGCCGCGAAGCGCCCGUGAAGCCCACGUCCCCCAUCUCCAGCCGUCCCCUCCGCUCACACACCGUCUCUGCCAGUCCGCGAGAAGAAUGGCGUGCUGCCGUCCCCCGACAUCACUGUGGUCGACACCGUGGAUCCCCCAUGAUUCCCAAGUCCCACACCAUGUCCUCCCCCAACAACGUCAGCGUCGCCGGCUCCGUCCACUCCGCCCCGGCCCAGUCUCUAUCCGAAAUCUCCCACGCGCGCGUUGGUGCGCCCAACGGCGGCGCUCCGACGGGGACGUCGCCCAACGAGGGCCAGGGCCGCAGCCACCUCGGUGACGUGGACACGGGCUUCCUCCAGGUCUACGAGCCGGAAAACAACCUCUACGCCGACCAGACGGAGCUCGAGGCCACCCUCGAGGCCAAGCGCCGCUUCUCCCACCCCCAGCAGCAGGAGCUCCUCCAGAGCUUUGCCGAGACGUACUGGGAGUACUGCUACGCCUGGUGCCCCGUCCUGGACCGCGAUACUUUAUCCGAGGACCUCUCCCGCUCCCCGCUCCUGGCCAACGCCCUCGCCUUGGCCGCCAGCCACAUCCAGCCGCCGCUGGUGCCUCACGAGGGCCCCGCGACCUACUACAAGCGGGCGCGCAACAGCUUCUACAACGACGAGGAGGUCGACAGCCUCAUGAUGCUCAAGGCCCUCGCCCUCUUCUACUGGUGGGCGCCCCGCCCGCCGUCCACGGUCCAUCGCCACGCGUCUUGGUGGUGGACUUCGGUCAUUAUCCGCCACGCGCAGCAGAUGAACAUUCACCGCGAGCCUGGCGCCAACCAUCCUCUGAGAGCAAAGUUGAAUAUUAGUCUCCGAAGGAGAAUCUGGUGGACUGCAUUUGCUCGCGAACGCCUCACGGCUCUCUGCCAAAGCAAACCGUGCUGCAUCGACCCGGAAGACUGCAGCAUCGAGGAGCCCCAGCCCUCCGACUUCCCCAACGACCCCAUCUCCCAACACAAGGGCAAAAUCUUCAUCUACUGGGUCCGCCUAUGCGCCAUCAUCGGCAAGAUCGCCAAGGUCCUGUCCCGCACGUCCCACAUGGCCGCGCAAUCCUUCCCCGUGCACCUGCACCAGGAGCUCGCCGACUGGGUGCACUCCUUACCGCCCGAGCUGCAGCUCCCCAUCGGCUCCGCCCGCACCGCGUCCUUUGACCGCGACGUGCACCAGCUCCACCUCCCCUACCUCACCACCGUCAUCAUCCUGCACCUCCGCCGCUCCGCCGACGACCUGCCCCAGGCCCUGCCGCCCGCCAUCCUCGCCGCCUCGUGCAUCGCCCGCAUCCUCCGCGACAUCCUCUCCCGCGGCAAUGUCCGCUUCCUCAUGGCCAUUACUUCGUGGUACAGCGGUACCGCCUUCAUCCCCUCCUGCAGGCCUGCCGCAUCCCCCAGUCAUCGCCAGCGGCUUCGAGCGCCUGAGGAAGAUGCGCCCGGAGCCCCCGUCAUGGCGGCCGCCACGCCCAACGGCGCGUCCAACGGUUCACCACCCGUGCCUCACGGCGUGGCCGUCACCAACGGCACCGGGGCGGGCCACGGGCUCAGCGUCAACCUCGACGGAGGGGUGCCCGGCCACACGGGUGAGUUUGACUGGACGCUCUUCUUCCCGUUUGUCACGCGCUCGACAAACCGUAUCGCCGAGUGUUUGCUCGUGGAUAAGGAGGAGGGGAACCCGACGAUUGGGCUCCCCUUCCCGAGGACAAUUUGUUCCACGAAACCUUGA